AGCCAGGACCGCGAGUAUUCUCCUUCUGUCCCCGACUGCGCUAGUCCGCAUCGCAAUACCUCAUUCUCACUGCUUUCCACGCAAUACAACUACCCCAGCUGCUCGUUCCUGACCCGCUCCCAAUCCCAACAUGAUUGCUACCCAAUCAGCCUUCCCGGCUCCACAUCUUUUGGGCCACUCCGUCCUUUACAACGACCUCCCAGCCACUUCUCGCCGAGCAGCCAACAUGCCCUUCCUCGUCUCUCGCACAAGCAUCCCCUUGUCCCCAUCUCCGUCCCUGUCCGUGUCGUCCCUCGGAAAGAACCCUGCGCCCAUCCGACGUGCGCCCCCUCCGCCUCCGAAGAGGAGGAACGCGAUCUGCUACCCAACCGAGGAGAACCCCUUUGCGGAUCCGCAGUCGGCUGCAUCGACCUCGACUACUACUAUUCCCGCUCCGGCCGUGGUUUCGUCAUCCCUCACUACUCCCCCCUCACCACCACCCGCGGCUCCGGUUGUGUCAGCAGCAGCGGCUCCAACCCAUUAUACUCGUCCCCGCAGGACCUCCAUCGGUCGCGGCAACUCCAGCCCGUUCGCCUCGUCUACCCCUCCUCCACGUCGCGCUCCUGUCCUCUCUAUCAUCACCUCUACUUCCACCACUUCAUCGUCGGGCUCGGCGCCAACGUACGCCUCCACACUAUGCUAUGCUCCCGUCCCAGCGCCCAUUCAAGCCCCUCCGCGCCCUAAUCCCCUCAUUCAACGCGAACAACGCAAUACCCGUGCCAGAGCCGUCGCUUGUAUCAUGCUCAAUCGUACCAACAAUCGAGGGAGGACGUGUAGGACGAGGCAGCCCGGUGAGACGGGGAUUUACGUGAGGAGCAAGCUCGGGAAGAGUGUCGUUUCGUGGGAUGACAUAAAGGAGGAAGAGGAGGAGGAGGAUGUGUGCAUGGUGGAGAACGUACAGGAUUGGCCGGAGGACGUGGAGGGUGUUGCUUAAGCUUGGUCGCUCGCUCGCAUCGGUUCGGUUCGCGCUUUCCCACAACCAAAACGACAACGACAUGGAAACGUUAACGACGCAUUUUACACACGUACGGACUGGACUCUGUCUCCCUUCUCUCUCUUUUAUUCUUUGAUUCGCUUGUCGUCGUCUUUCAUCCAUCAUGAAAUCGCUAUAUAGGUAUUUGUUUCUCGUUCCCGCCUCUCGCUCUCGUUCGCGCUCGCAUCUUGUUUCCCUCUCUCUUCCCUCCGACUCGUCUUUGAUCCCAAUUCUGUUCGAUAGUGCAUAAUUAUUCCUAAACAGCUAUUUCCUUACCCUCAUCUCCUCCAUCUCUCUACCUCACUCGAUGACCGCUAGUAUCCUUCCCUCCCUUCCCUUCCAUUCCAUUCUACACCCAUCUCCUCAUCUCUCCUCGCAUACCACCUCUAUCUUGUCAUUCCGCAUUCCGCAUUCCGUGUCAUAUCUUGUCAGCCCCUCGCACGACUUCUGCACGCUCGUUCUGCCUGUUUAUUCAUCUCCUUCCUUUCUCCUUUCCUUCUCAUCUUGACUUGACUUGCCACUUCAACCUGUACGAAUUUCUCUUUCCUCAUCGUUCCGCGCUCACCCUCGUUUUACUCUCUUUUUAUUACGGUCUCCUUCGAAGUGAGUAUCGAUCCAGCUCUCCUGAUAUCCCUCUCUUCUCAUCUUGACUCUUUUUAUUGAAUCUCGUUCCGUUCCGUCUGUACUCCUUGUACCACCUCCUCAC